AUGUCGGAUGUUUCUGACGCCCUCGACCGAGUCCACCCAGACUUUCUUGACUUGUUGAUCCGUCUCCAGCUCCUACCCCCUGACGAAGCCUUCUCGGAGCCAUACCUGGCCAGACUAAUCUCUAUUGCUCUAGAUCUUGCAGAAGAUGAUGAGCAGGCUUUCCUAGUCAGCAGGAUCAUCACCGACGAAGAGCUGGCAUUUGAGCGACUGCGCAGCCCCGAAGUCCGCAAUACCAACCAUCGAAUCGUGCUUGAUCGAACCGAGAGGAGGAUUGCUUUUCGCGAAGCUGCAAUGGAUCCUUUCCCUGAACAAACGAACGGAGAAAUGUGCGUUGCUUGUCUGGAGGAUGCUCAGAUGAUGGCUCCUUGCGGCACCCACAACUACUGCUACCCUUGCUACCGUGAACUUAUUCGACUCGGUCUUAGUUCUCAAGAAGCGUUUCCGCCAAGAUGCUGCGAGCCUAUCGACGAGGCGGGUGUCGCACUUGCACGCGCCCCUGCUUUGGUUCAUCUGUUCCGCCAGGUGCAAGAGGAAGUCAAUGCGCCGAUCCACGAUAGACUAUACUGCCACGACCCUAACUGCGCAGCAUUCAUUCCACCUGAUCGUAACGGGCACUGUUUGCUGUGCGAUACACACACAUGUCGCGACUGUGGUGAGCGAGGCCAUCCAGGCCAGCCCUGCCGAGAGGGAGCCGCUGAAGAAGAUGUCUGGGCCACCAUGGACGAGAACCGGACCGUUAACUGCCCCGGGUGCGGAAGGAUGAUCGAGCUUGCGGAGGCGUGCAACCACAUGACAUGCGUCUGCGGUCAAGAGUUCUGCUUCAUUUGCGGUGAAAUAUGGCGGACCUGCGGCUGUCCCACAUAUGGAGGCUUUAAUCUUAUGGUACCCAUGAGGGACCGUCCAGGCACGAAGCCCCCACAGUAUCGUCGUCGUCGACACCCUAUCGACGAGGCUUCAGCGGCGGAUGAGGCUGAUGGACCUGCGAGAAUCCCACAGCUACGGCCGAUGCCUGGUGAGGAGGAACGUGUUCCGCCUCAAGUUGGGGGAACGUGGAGGGUUAUUCGACCUCUGGUGUUCCCCCCUGCUGAGGAAGUGCAGCAACCGCAGGAGCAAGACCGUCCUAACCAAGGCUUCGGUGUACAGAGAGAACAUGCGCCUGGAAUGCGAAUGGAUCGCCGGCGAGACGAUGGCCGUCCUCCCCUGGAUAUUCUCAUGCCGGGUAUGGGCCGUUUGCAGAUCAACGAGCCGCGCAUGGAGAGACCACCUGUGAGAGAUGAACGUGAUAUUCCCAGGACUUAUCGGCCAGGGGAGGGUCCACAUGAGAUGUAUCACCAGGGUCACUUGCACAACGAAAGUAACGCGCCGCGCCGACUCUAUAAUCCGAUGGACGCCCCUCAGAUAAACGUACCACGCUAUUACCCGAUGGAUCCGAUGGUUGUGCCUCAGAUGGAUAGGCCUCCCCGUGAAGAGGCAUACCAUGAAGUAGACGCUGAAGCCAGGCGCACAAAUCAGAAUCGACUCCUUGCGAUGAAUCGUGAAGCGGCUCGCUUGGCGGCGCGGCAUCCUCCCCGUCAGCAGGGUAGGAAUCGCCCAGGGCAUCAUGGACUUCAUUACGAUGACCAGAUAUUGAUCGAUUCUGACGAUGAUCUGUACGGUGGCGAUUGA